AAACAGUUCAAAGACCAAGAAGUUAAUAAGUGGCUUGUUAAUCUCCAAGAUGCUCUUUAUAUGGCUGAUGAUUUGGUGGACGAACUCAACACAAAAUCUGCCAUUGCUACUCAAAGGGAUCCAGAGUUAAAGAAUUUGGCAACCCACACGUGAUUGAUAGCAAAACUCGUCAUUUGUCAUAUACUACAAAACCUUGGGAUCGAAUCUCAAGGCUUCGAGAGGCCUGCAAUGGAGCAAGACACAUGAGAACAUUUCUGCAUUUUCAUUUGCUUCACAGUCAUCAAUCAAUUGAUAUAGAAAGCGAUUCUUGGCUCUUGCUACUACAGUUGAAGUGUUUAAGAGUUUUGUCAUUUAAAUGCUUCCCCAUCAAAUCAUUGCCCGAUUCAAUUGGUGAAUUGAUUCAUUUACGAUACUUGGAUCUCUCUUUCACACCUAUUGUGCUAUUACCCGAGUCAUUGUGUAACUUGUACAAUCUACAAACGUUGAAAUUGAAGAAUUGUCAUCAGUUGGAGAUGCUUCCUUGCCGCAUGCAUGAUCUUGUGAACUUGCGCCAUCUUGACAUCGAAGGAGCUUCUCGUUUGAAAGAGAUGCCGAAAGGAAUGGGCAAAUUAAAGCAUUUGAAUUUAUUAGAACGCUAUAUUGUUGGUCAGCAUGAAGAGAAUGGAAUUAAAGAAUUGGCAACACUCAACAAUCUUCAAGGGUCACUUUGCAUUGUCAAUUUAGAGAAUGUUUCCAAUAGCGGUGAAGCUUUUGAGGCAACGAUGGGCAGAAAGGAGCACAUAACAAAUUUAGAGUUGAAAUGGCUUCCAAAUGGUGAUAUUGUUGAUUUUCAAUCUGAAAGAGGUAUACUUGAAAAAUUACAACCUCACGGAGACUUGAAACUGCUAUCAAUUAUGGGUUACAGGGGUGAAAUAUUCCCAGAGUGGUUAGGCCAUUCCUCCUACAGCAAUAUGAUGAAACUGAGCCUCGGUCAUUGUAAAAAUUGUUAUGAGCUUCCUUCACUUGGACAGUUACCGAAUUUGCAGCAUCUGGAGUUUUUUGAACUUGAUAGGUUGGAGCGAAUUGGUUGUGAGUUUUACAAGAAUGAUGAAUCAUUACUGGAGACACCCUUCAAAUCUCUUGAAAGUCUGACAUUUAAGAGUAUGCCUUGUUGGACGGAGUGGCAUUUUCCUGAUGAGUUCAAUGGUUUUCCUCAGCUUAAAAGUCUUUCAAUAAUAGACUGUCCAGUGUUAACAGGAGAUUUGCCCAAUCACCUUCCGUCUCUGGAACAACUUACCAUUUGGGAAUGUGAAGAGCUUGCAUGUUCACUGCCGAGAGGUCCCAAGCUUCACCAAUUACAUGUAAUGGGUGUGACUGGUAUGAUAACAAAUGUAGCAUCGGAAUGGAUUGUAAUUGAAGGAACCCAGCUGGCAGAGUCCAUAUUGGAGUGCCUGUCCCACAUCCAAGCACCUUGUCUCCAAUCUUUAGCCAUCGGAGAGUGUUCGACAGACAUAUCAAUUUCAGGGGAUUAUUUGCCUGCUUCAUUACAACAGCUGGAAAUCUGGGAUUGUAAAAAAUUAACAUUCUCAGGGCUACUACAACACAAGUUACUAAUGGAGAUAUAUGUGUACAAGUGUGAUUCCCUGAUGUUGUUCCCAUUAGGGGCCCUUCCAAAUCUCAGGAGACUCACGAUCGAUUCAUGUAGAAACAUGGAACGUGUUAUGGUGGCACAACAUAGUGAUGAUGCUCUCCCAAGUCUCCUUUAUUUAGAGAUCAAAUACUGCCCCCGUUUAGUAUCCUUGUCCACACUAGGCUUGGCUGCGCCCCACCUGGAGGAACUGCAUAUAGAAUCCUGCCCAAAAAUCAAAUCUUUUCCCGAGGGGUCCCUCCCACAAAGUUUGACAAGUCUUUGGAUCAAUGGCUGCCCGAAAUUCGCAUAGCAUCGAAGGCUUUG